GUCAUGUGACAUCACGAGAGACGCCUAAAACUGGCGGAAGUAGAGCGAAUUUGCUGCUGUUAGUCCUUUUUAAAAAGUGUCCGAAAUAUCGUGUAGAAGUCAGUAUAACGCGCUUUUGGGUGGCUUGUCUUUCUGCACAAUCACCAAAAAUCACCGAAAAUGACGGCGGCGGUGUUUUUUGGUUGUACCUUCAUUGCCUUCGGCCCUGCAAUCGCUCUGUUCCUGUUUACCAUCGCCCGGGAGCCUCUGAGGGUCAUCUUUCUCAUAGCAGGAGCGUUUUUCUGGCUUGUGUCUCUCCUGCUGUCCUCUCUGGUUUGGUUCAUCUCCGUUCAGAUAAGUAAUAAGGACAGUGCAGUUCAGCAGAAAGGCCUCCUCAUCUUUGGCGUGGUGCUAUCUGUGCUCCUGCAAGAGACCUUCCGUUUCGCUUACUACAAGCUGCUGAAGAAAGCAAAUGAAGGGCUCCUCACCCUCAGUCAGGAGGAAACCAUGCCCAUCUCCAUCCGACAACUGGCCUAUGUGUCUGGCCUUGGUUUUGGAUUCAUGAGUGGCGCGUUUUCUGUGGUGAACAUUCUGGCUGACUCUGUUGGCCCAGGAACUAUUGGGAUCCAUGGAGACUCGCAGCACUACUUUUUGUCUUCAGCAUUCAUGACGAUGGCCAUUAUCCUUCUCCAUAUGUUCUGGGGUGUGGUUUUCUUUGACGCCUGUGAGAAGCAGCAGUGGUGGGCAGUUGCUGCCGUUGUCAUCAGCCACCUGGUCGUUUCCUGUCUGACCUUCCAGAACCCGGAGUAUGUUGCCAGCCUGGUUCCCACCUACGUAAUCUUGUUCUUGAUGGGCAUUUGGGCCUUUUACUCUGCUGGUGGGUCCCUGAGGAACCUCAAACUUUGCCUGACCUGCAAAGACAAAGAUUUCCUGCUUGCCAACCACCGGCCCAGAUAACGCAACUCUCCAGGGAGCUCGCAGGAGUCUCCAUUCCAAAAUCACACACACUCAUACACAUUCACACGCACUGAACACUAUCAGAACAUGCAUGUUCUCUGUUAAUCAGAAUUUUGAAUUUGAACCCAAGAGUGGGGAUGGGUACCUUGCACGUUUGAACCGGUUCGUUUCUGAUUGCCGAUACCUGGGAAUUGAUGCCGGUACUCAACAUUACCAAUUUUGGGUACUUUUGUGCUAAUUUAUGUAAAAUAUUUAACAAUAAAAUCUAAAAAUGUUUAUAUUUAAAUUAUAAACCUGGACAAAGAACAAAACAACACAAUUCAACUCAAACGAGCCAGAGAAGCUGUAGUAAAAAUAAUGACAUUGCAUUUAUCAAUUAACAGUAAAUAAUACAAAUUAUUAUAAAAUACAAAGUGUGAAGCAAAGUUGGAUUUUUUUAUGCAAUGAAAACACAAGGAAGUGAUACAGUAAUACAAAAACUAUGAUGCAUGAGUGAAAAUGCAGCUUGGACUGAAAUAGUGCAAAUAAAUACAGUUGGAAGAGGAUGUGAAUGAGAAUGAAAAAUAAUUGGGGUAAAUUUAAUCAUUUGAAUGUACCUGACCUGAUGCAUAAUGCUCAACACGUUUUGGCUAAAAUCUUUCGGUAUUUCACUCAUAUGAAAUUAUAAAUGAAAUGUAAACUGUAGUAUUACUAUUAAGUAUUGUUCUGAAACAAUGUCUAUAUAUUGUAAAGAUGGUAAAGCCGUGCAGCUCCCAGCAUGAUUCAAUUUAGUGAGGGAAGAUGGGCCUUUCUGUUGGUGCCAGGCAGAGGCAGGUGAUGCGGCCGGGCAGAGAGGGAAGUGGCGUCCUCGUUUUCCUUGUCAGCCCCACACCUAUUGUGUGGAUCUGGGCACAGUACCGAAAGGUUUCUCCCCCAAAUGCGCAACCAAAGGUGGAAAGUGUGAGGCUUCACCAGCACUACAAUGUACUUCAUAAACUGUUUGGGUUGCUGGCAGGCGAGUCCCGCUUGCUUUCGAAACCUGGAAAUGUAUUUUUAGUGUAUGAAAUCCUGUAUCAAUGGGUGAAGUCAUUAUGCUGAUGUGUGUGUACUGUGGCAUUCAAGUUGAGCGUCUCUCGCACAGUCAAGACUUCGAAAGACUCACUGUGGAACCGAAUCCUGGUAUCCUUUGAUUUCAUGUGUACGACACAAUUUGGCUCUCUAGUACUGGCCCAAAUUGGUUCAUACGAGGGGAAAAAAAGUGCCGUCUUUGGGACCCAUCCCUACCCAAGGUUUUUUUUUUUUUUGUAAGGAUCUGGAAAAGCAGCGACUGCUUUGCAGAGGCAAGAUAACAUUUUGAAAGAGGUUGACAUGCAGUUUAAGUAAAGUUCAGUUAGUUUAUGAAAACUAAUUGAGAUGAAAUGUGGUUUUGCUCACAAAUAUGAAUUCUUGCGCUGAACGGUGUCCAUGAUUUUACUUUGCUGCGAUGUUACAGGAAGUUUCAAUGUUAAUUCAAUGUUCAAUGUCACUGCUUCAACAUUAUGUACCAGUAGUCAAAUAUUGCCCAACAUGGAAACCUUUGUGAAGGUUUUUAUUUUAGUGAUGGAUCAUGUUUUUCAAAGGGUGAAAUUUAAAAAAAAGUAUGUAUCCAACGGUCA